AUGGAGUGCACUAGCGACUCCCAGCCUGGCUGCACCAAGCCCACUGUCGUUCCAACCGCAGCCAUUGCUAUUGCCGUCAUUGUGCCCGUCGUCAUCGCCGCGUGCGUCUUCCUGUGGCUCCAUCAGAGGCAUAAGAGGAAGUUGAGGGAGGAGGAUGCAAAGGACAAGUACAAGUCCCUCGACUUUGGUAUGGGUCUACCUGGUGGACCCCGAGGAAAGCAAGGCGGUAAACGCCCACCGGAAAUGGCUUUGACCGAGAAAUCCCUACAUCGAGGCAAGGGGAUGUCCAUGGAUCUGGAUGUCAGCAGUCCUUAUAUCCUCCCAGCAGGCUUGCACGGAUCUCGCGAAUCUUUCCACUCCCUCUCCCGUUCUAUGCACGACCCGAACGACCCAUACCGCCCAGUGAACUUCUUGAAAGACGAUGCUAGCGUCCACAGCCCAACUCGAGCCUAUCGACAUGACAAUGGGUCCAUGUACACCACAUCCAGUGCCGGAACCGAUAAGGAUAGAAUGAACAAUAGCCUCUUGCAGAAUGCAUCGAGAAUGUCCCAGUCCUUCCCUCCGCGCGGAGAGUCUAUGUCGCCAUCGGAAAAACGCUACCCUGAGAUCAAGUUCCCAGAACCUACAGUGUCCCCCCGGAGCCCCCUUCAUCCUGAUGGCCCUCAUCCACCACCGCCACCAGCACCGCCAGCUGCAGUUGUCGAGCGAAAGCCCGUUGAACAGCCAAGUGAAUACACUGCAUUUAGGCCUACCCCUGUUGCCGAGCCGGUUGCACCUGUAAUGAACGAGGGUUUACCUCCCGUUCAAGAAUCUACAGCUCCUAGCAAAACCUCACCCAGUCCCCCUCCUUUCCCUCGAAUCCAAUCUCAGGAAGCGGUGGUCCAGACCAAUCCAAACACAAUGAGCUACCUGAGCACUUCGAGCUACGGCGACGGGUUUCAGAUAACACCUCCGUCGCCACCCCAUGGACACUUGCGCCGUUUGUCGGAAGAAGGUCCACUUGCCCCUGCACCUUUGAGACCUCAAAAUGAGGGGACCCACAACGCUGGACUUGGUAUUGAAAACCCCCAUGCGAAUGCGAACCGAUUGUCUAUGAGCCUGCGCCCGUUGCCGCCAGAUGACCCCAAUGACAACCCCGAACAACGAGCAAACCGUAUCCGCUCAUUCUACAAGGAGUACUUUGAUGAUUCGAAACCAGAACCUGUUGGCGGCCAUGUGUACAAUGAUUAUUACGAAGACUACGGAUCGGAAUUCCAGGACGGCGCAGUGUUUGACCCCCAUUCUGGUGCAUUCGUCGUUGCUCAACCGCAAAUGCCCUUCUCUCAACCUGUCACUAGACGUGCGAUGACUCCUCCUCCUCGCGCACCUCCAAGGUUCCGUAGCGGCAGCAACCCUGCUCCACGUGGUCCGCACAUGUCUAACAGUUCUAUGGCUUCCUCCAAGCACUAUCCACCGCGAGGGAUGUCGUCCAUGAGCGGACGCCUGCCACAACCUAGGCGACCGAUGCCACCCCCGUCGGCGCUCAACUCCUUGCCUACUCCUGCUAAGCUCACGGAAGAUUCGAUGCUUUUCAAUGCAGCAGAUUUCGCACCCCCUGUGUCCAUUAGGGAUUUGCAGAAUGGCAUGAGGCCUGAUAGUCCUCUGGGAGCGCCUCGCCCAUACAGCCCAGCCGUCAGGCCGCACACACCUCUCGUCAGUUCCUUCGACGAUCUCGCAGCAUUGCCCAGCCCACAUAUGCUUCGUAAGUCUGGUACCUUCAUGGCGUUAGACUUUGCACCUCCAGCGCGUAUUCGUGACCCUGCCGGCUCGAAUAUGUCCGAUGCAGGCUCGAUCCGCUCCAAUCGCUCGGGCAUUUCUUCCGCUGGAAGGAUGGCAGUACGAAACGGGGCCUACCGUGUCAGCAGAAUACCCAAGGAGGUUGUCGGCACCAAGGACGAUAUCAUGGAAAGCCUGCGCCCGCAGAUGAACUUGGUCAGCAAAGGAUAG